ACUUUCUUUCAAAAUAAAACGCAACUAUCUGAAGUUAUAUACAAAGCUUAAGUGACGCCUCCCUAUAUUCUCUCUCACACAAACUAAUCGGACACCGAACACUCUCCACUGUUCUCCUCCACUCUCUCUCUCCUCUUUCUCUCUCUCUACUUUACUUCAAUUAUGGUGGUCGUUGUUGCAGAAAACCCAACAACAGCAGAGCAGAUUAGAUUCAGGAGACCCAAGAACCAACCCAUUACAGCUCCAGAUCCAACCCCACAAAUCUCUUCUACCAAUCAGUGCACUCGCGGUAAAACCUCCAUUUCUUCUCUAUUCCUGUCCACAUUCACCUCCAACAAUAACAGCAAGAAGAAGGGUUCCGACAUGUCUUCGGCAUUGAAGGAUAAAAAGAAGAGCUUUACAUCUGCGACAUUCAGAGGUCUUGGAUGCACAUCCACUUCACAGGUAUCGGCACCGGAGGCUAUUCGGUCUUCGGCAGAUUGGCAAGCGAAGAAGGUGAGGAAAAAGAAGCAGAGGAACACACAGAGGAAGAAAAGCCAUCAUGUCACGGAGACAACGUCUAUGGGGAAUCCAACUCCUGUUGUAGUUGUCCCUGAUGUUUGGUGCUCUCCUGGGAUCGGUUUCGCAGCCGAUGCUGCGCCAAUUGAUUGUGUUGUGUCGAGACGUCCUGUAGCGGGUAGAGGGAGGAUUGAUGGCGAGAGGAUAAAUCACAGAGAGCGUCCUUGUAAUGCAAGGCGAACUGCGCCCCUUGAGCAAAUAACUGUACUGGAUUCUCCACCCACCUUUGAAAUGAGAUCUGGAUCCGAUGUAUUUGGAGCUAGACACUAUCGGCAUUUUCGAUAUCGUUCUCCAGGAGGGCUUACAGAGAUCAUGAUGUUUCAGAGCCUGUUAUUGAGUGGAAGAUCAGAUGUAUAUGAUCAAUACAGGGAUUGGCGGCUUGAUGUUGAUAAUAUGACAUAUGAGGAGUUGCUUGAGCUAGGAGAUAGAAUUGGGUAUGUGAACACUGGCUUGAGAGAAGAUGAGAUUUUUCGCUGCCUCAGGAAAAUCAAGCAUUCCUUUAUGGAUGAUCUGCAAUCACAUAUUCCCACGGAAACAGAUAGGAAAUGUAGCAUUUGUCAAGAAGAAUAUGAAGCUGAUGAUGAGGUGGGGAAACUGGAUUGUGGUCAUGACUAUCAUGUAUUUUGCAUAAAGCAGUGGCUUCUGCAGAAGAACGCCUGCCCCGUCUGCAAGGCUGCUGUAUCAGUUCAAUACUAAGAUUAGAGGACUUUCUUUGAGCUCAUUAUCACCACGGUUAUUUCAUCAGUGCCUUAUUAUCUCCUCUAUUACUUUCUUGUACAGUUUUAAUGCUCUGAAAUAAGCAAGCAUUCAUUCUUUGUUGUGUAAUUCCCCUACCUGUUUGCCUAAUAUAAUAUAUUGGGUUUCUUUGGGAAUCAAACAAUUGAAAGUUUUUUGCUGUUGCUACAGUGCUA